UCGCAAAACGAUUGCGGUGAGCGCCGGCGGUUCUCAGUUCCACACGAUAAGCUAAAGUGCGUUCCGAACAUUUAACAAUCAAAAGAAUCUUCGAAAAGUCACAGCAAGACGUUAAUCGUUGCGAAAAAAUAAACAAUUUUUAUAUAAAUAAAUAAUAGUGUUGAUAAAAUAUGUGUAUAUUUAUGUGAUAAGUUGCAGGAGACAAGUUUAGUACAUUUAAAGAAGAAGUUUCGUUGAAUUUUUGAUUUGUUUGCUGCAUUGCGGGACAAUAUUUGUGCUGCAAUAGAGUUGUGCCGAGUUUUGAGCGUGUGCCAAUGCUGAAGCGCCCCAAGCAAUUAUAAUUACAAUCGAAAUUACUCCGCAACCCUUUGCGACGCGUGUGAAACAAAGAGCAACAACAAAGACGACGAUUACGAUCGCGACGGCGCGCGACAAAAAACAUCAGCGUUGCGAAAGGAAAAAGGAGCAAACAGAAGAUGAAAUUAAUGUAACACUAUGGAGGAGGCUCAAAGACAAAGAAUUUCAAAACUAAUGCAUCAGAUGAUCAGGAGUGAUGUGCAGUUGAUGCCGAGCGGGUAAUAAACACCGAGAUAUUGUCUAAAAAGAAGUUUAAAUAAAAAUAUGUGUGAGGAUAAAUCGCCGCCGAUUGCUACGGCUGAGGAUUUCGGUUUGGAGGAUUCUCCGAGUGGUGAACGCACAGAUUCGACAUUCAGGUGUACGGAUGAUGAGGAUGAUGCUGAUAGUGGGACUACAGCGACUUCCACCACGGUGGAAACAACAAGAGAAGUGAUUUUGGAAGUGAAUGUUGAUCGACCUUUGCCACGAAUUGGACCAACAAACAGUAAAAUUCUGUGGACACGCGCGGUGCAGAAGCUAAUCGAGGCAAAGCGACGCCGAAAUUUCGCUGAUGUUGCCAUGACAGCACUCGAAAUGCAUCGCAAGCGCGUGCAACUCUUAGAAACAAUUCAAAGCCCCGUUGAAACUCCAGAUUCUUGCACUAUAGACUUCCCACUCGACAAUGGCAUUCCGUCACCGAGUGAUACGGAUGUCUAUCCGAGUUUGAACUUCCGCAAACACCAUCCGUCCAUAUUUCCGGUGGACGAUGAUAAUUAUUCGGAGAUGAAAGCGGAUCUCGCGACCGUUUUCAAGAAAGGUCUUAUGUACAAAGGCAUCUAUUGGCCCAGUCUCACCAAUAGUUUUCAAAGCAAACACUUGGAGCUCGCCUACUUGCGAUAUUCGCACCGGCAACGACAGAAGUCGUUAAUUAUUGUCAACAUGGUGGAUCUGAUGCUCAAAGUGGCGUUAAUCUCGGUCUGGGCGACACAGAACGCAUCGGAAUUCAUCGAGAGUCAGAACAAUGAUGCGUUAAUCUGGAGCGUAUGCACCAUGCUUACGAAUAUCAUUGUUUGUCUCCUCGGAUGGUGGAGGUGCUUCGCUAAUAACUAUCUUCAUUGGGCAGCGAUAUGUACUUGGUUAUUAUUAAACGUCCAAGCGUUUGUUGCAAAAGGUCUUGGUUUUUCCAAGAUGGAAGACGUUGUGUGGUACAUCCUGUUUGCCAUUUUUGUUCCGUACGCCAUGUUGCCACUUCCGCUCAGAUGGUGCAUGAUGGCAGGGUGUUUGUCUUCAGUCGUGCACAUUAGCAUUACUAUUGUCAAUUCAGUGGUCUCUGACAAUGUGAAUGAUUACACAAGUGAAUGUCAAAUCCGGCGUAUUGUCGCUAACGCCCUCUUGUAUCUAGCAGUAAAUUUCGCGGGUAUGUAUACAAAAUAUUUAACAGAUAGAAGUCAACGCAAGGCGUUUUUGGAAACGCAUCGCUCGAUGGAUACAAGAUUCCGCACACAAUCUGAGAAUGAAAAGCAGGAGAAACUACUGCUUUCUGUGUUGCCUGAUUUUGUGGCGAAGGAAAUGAUUAGAGACAUUGCACGUGAGGAAGAACGUGGUGGAUCCUUUCAACCGCAUCAAUUUCAUAAGAUUUAUAUCCAUCGAUAUGAAAAUGUCAGUAUAUUAUUUGCAGACAUAAAAGGAUUCACAGCUCUGGCAAGUCAAUGCAGUGCACAGGAACUCGUGCGGAUUUUAAACGAUUUAUUUGCUCGGUUUGACAAAUUAGCAGCAGAAAAUAACUGCCUUCGGAUCAAACUCCUCGGCGAUUGUUACUACUGCGUGUCAGGACUACCGAUUGCCUGCCCUGAUCACGCGCUCUGCUGCGUCGAAAUGGGCCUCCACAUGAUACGAGCAAUCCGUGACACCAGACACAAAACAAAAGUCGAUUUGAAUAUGCGUAUUGGCAUACAUUCCGGGUCGGUGUUAUGCGGUGUCCUUGGUUUGCGCAAGUGGCAAUUCGACAUUUGGUCUUACGAUGUCCGCUUGGCGAACCAUAUGGAAUCAGGGGGUGUACCAGGAAGGGUGCAUAUAUCAGAAUCAACUUUCCAAUGCUUAAAUGGCGCGUAUGAAGUUGAAGAUGGUAAUGGACAGGAACGCGAUGCUUAUCUACGGGUGCACGAUGUCAAAACCUACUUGAUUAAGCAAAUUGAGCCGAAGAAAACGCGGAGAAGGUUACAAUCAAGGCCUAGUAUAUUUUCCAAUAAAUUGUGGCCUGAUGAUGACCAUGAAAUGUCUAUUAGUUCUCCGAGGAGUCCCACGAUAACACCAACAAGUCCCCCGUACACAAUGACCAUCGGAAGAGAGAGAAGUGAUAGUGGUAUUCAGCAAUCAACAGUUGAUGAGGAAAACACCACUGAUUGGAAACCGGAACUGCCAUUUGAAAAUUUGCGGCAUAAUUUAUCGGGUGAUUUGGAUGAAGAUAUCGACUCGUUGAACAUAUCGAACAAACAUCUCUAUGCAGAGAAGAGUACGUCAAUGGCGUUGAGUACCAUUGAACAAGUAGACGACAUUAUUGACCAAAGCAUUGAAAUCGCCACCAAUAAACGCAUGCGAUCAGCUAAUGUAAAUCCAUGGUCCUUGCGGUUUAAAGACAAAGACAUGGAAAGAAAAUUUAGCCAAUUACGAGAAGACAUGUUCAAGUCCAACAUGUUUUGUUGCUUUGUAAUAUGGAUUUUUAUUGUGCUCUGUCAACUUGCAAUUACCAAACACCAUUCAGUUGGAAUGAUUGCAUUUCUAUCAGUAGCAACAAUUUUACUCAUAUCAACAUCCGUGCUGGUAAUGGCGGAGGAGUUUCAGCAGUUUCCAACAGCCCUGCAGAAAAUCUCCUCGACAUUAGUGCAUAAUCGACGAUCGCGUACCGCGUUUAUUUGUGGUGUUAUCGUGCUAAUGGCGUGUGCAUCUUCAGCGAGUUUAAUGUUUGGAAAACCAGCGUUUACCUGCUUUAAAAAGGCUCAAACCGUAGCCACCGUCACAGAGACUGCAAUGUUUCGACGAAAUAAUAUAAAUCCCAUGCCAAAUAUUAAUAUUAACUUCACUCUAAUCGUGAAUAAUGUCUUUCAAAACCACAACACGUCUAACUUUUACGACGAUGAUUGUGUGGAUAAUAAUUGUACUUCCGUGGCGGUGAUAACAUCAUCAACAGAUAAAAUAACCCGGAGUGAUGGUAACAAUAGUGACAUCGCGAAAUCUCUUCAACUAUACGUUGUGGACAAUGAAUCAAAGAAUCUGAUAGGGAAUAAGUCUGAUCUCCAACCGCAAGUUGAUUCCCCACGUAGAAAGGAUGAUUUUUAUUUGUGUAUGCAUGCAGGAUAUGUCGUGUUUACGUGGGUGUUGUCCCUGAUAGCAUUAGCUACCGCUCUUAAAUUAUAUUAUCUCAUUAAGACGUUUCUGGCGGUAGUGUUGGUGACGGUGUACGCAGUGCUUAUCAUGGUGUUUUUUAAUGAUGUCUUCAAGGAGGAUAAAUGUAUUCGCAGCAGUGGCAUGGAGUUUAUUCCGCUGAGUGCGCAGAUGAUUAUUUUGUUGACUGUGUUCUUUGUGAUUGUGGCCUAUCAUGCGCGGCUGGUGGAGGUGACUUCGAGGCUGGACUUCUUGUGGAAGUUGCAGGCGGAAAAGGAACUGGCGGAUAUGCAGGAGACAAGGCAUAAUAACACACAGUUAUUGAAGAAUAUCCUGCCGGAUCAUGUUGCGCAGCAUUUGUCAAAUGAAAGGAAUGCUGAUGAGUUAUAUUCGCAAUAUCGACAAGAGGUUGGCGUCCUCUUUGCUAGUAUACCGAAUUUUACGGAGUUUUACUCGGAGGAUAUCAAUAAAGGCAUGGAAUGCAUACGUUUGCUCAAUGAGAUCAUUGCUGAUUUUGAUGAAUUAUUGGAUGAAGAACGUUUCAGUGCCAUAGAAAAAAUUAAAACCGUUAGCGCUACAGCAACGUACAUGGCUGCUUCUGGUCUAAACCCUACGCACAAGGAUUGUAUGAACACUGAAAGCUUGGAACAUUUAUGUGCACUUGUAGAUUUUGCUCUAGCAAUGAAACAACGCCUGGAUGAGGUCAAUAAGCAUUCAUUCAACAAUUUCGGCCUGCGUAUCGGAGUAACUUGUGGACCACUGGUCUGCGGUGUUAUUGGCGCACGCAAACCUGUCUUUGACAUUUGGGGUGACACCGUCAACGAGGCCUCGAGAAUGGAUUCAACUGGUGUUAUUGGUCAGAUCCAAGUUCCUAAAUAUACAGCUCAAUUGUUGGGCAUCAGGGGAUAUGAUGUAAAAUGUCGUGGGAUGAUUGAAGUCAAAGGUAAAGGGCAAAUGGAGACUUAUUUCGUUCUGGGUAAGAACGCAUCCGGCCCGCAAUGUUUCCAACGUCAGCCGAGUCAAUAUAAUAGUCUAGCGGCAGUUGUCUAUGCAAUGGCACAAACCAGACGGAAACACACUGGAAAUACAAGAAGUUCAUUGCAAGGGCGAGCCCGUGCGCAGAACAAAAACGACAAUCCAUCCAAGAAAUUAAUGAAGCAUAGUUCAAUGCGGUUGACACAUCGCACGCCAGCGAAUCCCGUACGUCGUAAUACAACCCGUGGUCAUCAUCGCAAUAUGCACGCAAGGUCCCAGCCCAACAUGCGACAGAUAAGCGCAUUUGGCAGUCAAAUCGACUCGCUUUCCGGUUCUACAAAGCAACACAAGUCAAUCGAACGUGAUGCGACCGUCACAAGUAUUCCGAAAGUCUGUGUGUCGCAGUCAGCCCCGCACACGCCCAUUGCCUACCCGAAUAUAGAAUGCAAUUCAGGCAAAAGUGUCCCGCGAGGUCUCUCUGAACCCAUUGUAACUUCCCGUACUAAACACGCGUCUAUUAAAUUCAAACACAUUGAAACUUCGCCAAGGGUGUUACGCACACCAGCAUCACCCAAAGGUAUCAACAAAAAGGAAUCCAAAUUCUUCCUACGUUCACCGCUUGCCAAACGUGAUAAUUCGUUUAAAUUCGAUCGGUUUAACAAGAAAAGUGACGGCACCGAUGUCUAGGUGACCUCUACUAGGUGAAUAUUAAUAUAUUUUUCUAGUCAUCAUCAUCAUGUCAAAAUAUAUUUUAACUAUGUACUUACUUUACUUAUUUUACGUUGUUAUUAAUGUAAUUAAUUAAUGAGAUUUUAUGUCCUCGAGGAGACAGAAGAGUAUAAAAAAACAAAUAUAUAAAUAUGCAUCAAAA